CGAGUGACGGUGAGAGCUGGGAUGAGAUCCCCAAAUUGGCGAGUGAGAGCGAAAGCGAGUGGAAACCCAAACCCCGCAUGAAGGAAACCCUAAAAAUCUAAAUCCCCCCCAAUUCUCUACGCGCCUUAACCCCACUCGCCUUCGGUUUUCGCAGAAUCAUCACUCAUGCUAUUUCACCUCCACUUCAGGUUUAGUCAAGGUAACAGUUGGUUCAAGUAAAUAUCUUUUCAGUCAUGGACAUAGAUCUUAGGUUACCUUCUGGUGAGCAGUGUAAGGAAGAUGAAGAAGCAAAUGGAAUUGAUAAUAUAUUGGAUGGUGAUGAAAAAUUGCAUAAUGGAGUGGUUGAGGCUGGAAAUAUUGCUCAUGUAGGAGAGGAUGUACGCCCUGAAGAUGGUGUGGAAAUGAAUUCUUCUGCUGUGGAUAUGGUGACCUUCAAGGAGGAUACCAAUCUUGAGCCACUUUCUGGUAUGGAAUUUGAAUCACAUGGGGAAGCAUAUUCUUUUUAUCAAGAAUAUGCUCGGUCUAUGGGAUUCAACACUGCUAUACAAAAUAGCCGCCGUUCGAAAACAUCAAGAGAAUUUAUUGAUGCAAAAUUUGCCUGUUCUAGAUAUGGAACCAAGCGGGAGUAUGACAAAUCCUUUAAUCGGCCACGUGCCAGACAAAGCAAGCAAGACCCAGAUAGUACAACUGGUAGGCGAUCAUGUUCAAAGACAGAUUGUAAAGCAAGCAUGCACGUGAAGAGAAGACCGGAUGGAAAAUGGGUUGUACAUAGCUUUGUGAAGGAACAUAACCAUGAACUUUUGCCAGCUCAAGCUGUCAGUGAACAAACCAGAAGGAUGUAUGCUGCAAUGGCUAGACAAUUUGCUGAAUAUAAAAAUGUUGUUGGUCUGAAGAAUGAUCCCAAAAAUCCAUUUGAUAAAGGUCGAAAUUUGGCAUUGGAAGCUGGAGAUGUUAAGAUUUUGCUCGAAUUUUUUACACACAUGCAGAACAUAAAUUCAAACUUUUUUUAUGCAAUAGACCUCGGUGAAGAUCAACGCCUGAAAAGUUUGUUUUGGGUUGAUGCAAAGAGUAGGCAUGAUUAUAGUUAUUUCUGUGAUGUUGUGUCUUUUGAUACUGCUUAUGUUAGAAACAAAUAUAAAAUGCCUCUUGCGCUGUUUAUUGGAGUGAACCACCAUUACCAGUUCAUGCCACUUGGAUGUGCAUUGGUAUCAGAUGAGAGUGCAGCAACAUUUUCUUGGCUAAUGCAGACAUGGCUGAAAGCAAUGGGUGGACAAUCUCCUAGAGUCAUCAUCACUGACCAAGACAGAAUUGUGAAAUCUGUUGUUGCAGAAAUCUUUCCAAAUACUUAUCAUUGCUUCUUUCUAUGGCAUGUACUCGGGAAGGUUUCUGAGAAUCUUGGUCAUGUAAUCAAACAGCAUGGGAACUUUAUGGCAAAAUUUGAGAAAUGCAUCUACAGGUCAUGGACUGAAGAGGAGUUUGCUAAAAGGUGGUGGAAAAUUCUUGAUAGAUUUGGACUCAAAGAUGAUGAAUGGAUGAAGUCAUUAUAUGAAGACCGCAGAAAGUGGGUGCCAACCUAUAUAAUGGAUGUUUUGUUGGCUGGGAUGUCUAUGGUUCAGAGAUCUGAGAGUGUGAACUCAUUCUUUGACAAGUAUGUACAUAAGAAGACCACUGUGCAAGAGUUUUUGAAACAGUAUGAAGCAAUUUUACAAGAUAGGUAUGAAGAGGAAGCCAAAGCAAAUUUUGAUUCAUGGAGCAAAGUGCCUACACUAAAAUCUCCAUCACCUUUUGAGAAGAGUGUUGCAGGGUUGUACACACACACAGUAUUCAAGAAGUUUCAAGUUGAGGUUGUGGGUGCAAUUGCUUGUCAUCCCAAGCCAGAAAAUCAUGAUGCAACAAGCAGCAGUUUCAGAGUUCAAGAUCUUGAGAAGAAUCAGGAUUUCGUUGUUACAUUGAAUGAGAUGAAGUCUGAAGUUUCUUGUAUAUGCCGAUUAUACGAAUACAAAGGCUAUCUCUGCAGGCAUGCUAUGGUUGUUCUCCAAAUAAAUGGCCACUCAACAAUCCCAUCUCAAUAUAUUUUGAAACGAUGGACAAAAGAGGCAAAGAGCAGGCAUUUCAUGGGAGAUGAAUCUGAGCAGGUGCAAUCUAGGGUGCAGCGAUACAAUGAUCUAUUUCAACGGGCAAUGAAGUUGAUUGAGGAGGGUUCACUGUCCCAAGAGAGCUACUAUAUUGCGUUCCGAAGCCUAGAAGAAGCUUUUGGGAACUGUUUGAGUGCAAACACUUCUAACAAGAGCCUUGCGGAAGCUGUCACAUCUCCCACCCAGGGUAUGAUCUGUAUUGAAGAAGAUAAUCAAAGCAGAAGCACGAGCAAGACAAACAAGAAAAAGAAUCCAACCAAAAAAAGAAAGGUUAACUAUUAUAGCUAUUGGCAUGUGGAUAUAUUUUUGCAGAUUCUAUAUCCAGUACUUAAUGGGAGUUUUGUUUUGUUUUUGUUUUUGUAUUUUGUGUGUGUGCUAUUUUUGCAGGGAAACUCUGAACAGGAGGUAAUGACUGUUCCGGUAACAGAUGGCUUGCAACAAAUGGAUAAAUUAAGCUCAAGAUCAGUAGCCCUAGAUGGUUAUUUUGGUGCGCAACCAAGUGUACAAGGAAUGGUGCAGCUUAAUUUAAUGGCACCACGUGAUAAUUAUUAUGGGAAUCAACAGACAAUUCAGGGGCUGGGACAGUUGAACACCAUAGCAGCAAGCCAUGAUGGAUACUAUGGCCCUCAGCAAACCAUGCCUGGGAUGGGACAGAUGGAUUUCUUUCGAACACCUGGUUUUUACAUCCGGGAUGACCCCAACGUGAGAGCUGCACAGUUGCAUGAUGAUGCAUCAAGACAUGCAUGAUGAAUCUCUUUGUAGGUGAGGGUGAAAGAAUAUAAUUAAAUGUUGAUAGGAGGGAAGAUUGUUUUGAAGCUGACUUGGAUGUAAAGAACGGAAAGUAUGAUGCAUUGCCAGAUUGUCAUUAUUAGGAGUAAUCUUCUCUUUUGGUGUCUGUAAGAUAAGAUAGAUUAGGAUAUUAUCAUCACCAUCUACAGGGGAUAUAGUUGAGAGAUGGGACAAAUUCAGGUUGGUGCUUAUGUCUCUUGUAAAUUCUGUUGUACUAUUGUAUCUGUGAUUGUUACAGUCUGAAUAGGUUAAAUUGAAUUUCAGUUAUAA